AUGGGUGCGGUGAACUCCAGAAACUUGCAGCUUGCGCCGAGCGCCUUUAAAGGUUUUAAAGUAGCACCGUUUUGGCUGGCAGUCUCUGCAGGUGCCAUAGUUUACUGGACAACUUGGACAACUUGGACAACUUGGACAACUUGGACAACUUGGACAACCCUGAAGCUAGAUGUGUCGAAGGCAUCAAAAUGCUGCGGGCACGGGUCAAGUUGUGAACACAAGUCUGACAGUAGCACUGCAGCCGACGGAAUUGAUGGAAGCGAGGACGAGAACAACGAGAACAACGAUCUUGAGGAUCUUGCAAGCGACAAUCAUUCCAGACCACCUCUCUUGGGGAUGGGACAAGUUCUCAGAAAGCCACGUCCAACUUCAGCAACAACAGAUGCCAUUGCGUCCGACCAAUCGAUUCUUCCCGGCAGACAGCGCAUCCAUGUCAAAACCUUUGGCUGUCCUCACAACCAGUCGGAUGGAGAGUAUUUGGCAGGACAAUUGAAAGACUAUGGCUACACGCUUGUUGAUUCGUUGGAAGAAAGUGAUGCAAUUGUGAUUAACUCAUGUACAGUGAAGCAUCCCUCAGAGACGAGGGCAUUGAACCUGGUCUCCAAUGCACAGCAGCUGGGCAAAGGUGUCGUUCUAGCAGGCUGUGUGCCAUCCAGCAACCGACAGCUGGCGGAUAAGCUUGAAGUUAGCAUGCUGGAUGUGACUCAAUUGGAUCGAAUUGUAGAGGUGGUGGAGGAGACUGUGAAGGGAAAUACCGUGAAACUCAUGGACAAAAGAAACGACUUGCCAUCUUUGUCUCUUCCCAAAGUGCGAAAACAUCGCUUCGCUGAAAUUAUUACUAUAAACUCGGGCUGCCUGGGAAAUUGCACAUAUUGCAUGACCAAGAUGUCUCGAGGGAAGGUUGUGUCGUACCCCAUUGAUACCAUCAUAGAGCGAGCUUUGGAGUCUGCUCGUGAAGGAGUAUGCCAGAUUGAGCUUGCAUCAGAGGAUAUGGGCGCCUAUGGUAUUGAUAUUGGAACCAACAUUGCAGAGUUAUUGAAACGUCUUUCAGAUGCACUCUUGAGAGAUUAUCCAGGUGUGAUGUUGCGGACUGGUAUGACGAACCCGCCUUUCAUCAUGCAGCAUGUAGAUGAAAUCAUCGAGGUCUUGAACAGACCCAAUGUACAUGCUUUUAUGCACAUACCUGUGCAAUCAGGCUCAGAUCAAGUCCUUAGAGCCAUGAGAAGGGAAUACACAGUGGCCGAGUUUUCCUAUUUGGCAGAUCGACUGAAAGCUGGAGUUCCGGAGAUGUUUCUGUUGACGGACAUCAUUUGUGGCUUUCCCACUGAAAGCGAAGAAGACUGGGAGGAGACAAUGGCUCUCUGCAAAAAAUACCAAUUUCAAGGCAUACACAUCUCCCAAUUCUACGCGCGACCAGGGACUUCAGCAGCCCGGUUGAAGCCCUUAAAGAGUCACAUAGGCAAGGACCGCUAUAAGGAGUUGGCCGACCUUGUGACUUCAUAUGACCGAAAUGAACAUCUACUUGGCCGUGAGGAGCGUGUAUGGUUUGGGGACACCGAACAAGAAAGGUCUAAAGGAGUGAAUGCGCAAGGGCAGACUGUGGGUCGAACUAAGAUCGCAGAGGAAGCCAAAGCUGAGAAUCAGCAGUUGAAGGCCAAAGCAGAGUCUCUGGGCAAGCUUGUUGCAAAGCAGCAGCAGGUGAUUGCUGAGCACGAGGGCAGGUUGCGAGCUUUCAGCGCCAGAACUGUGGGCGCAAUGCUUGCUAGAAAGAAUGGCGGAGGCGUUAAGCGGCCGCGCUUGGCAGACCAUGAAGGUUCGCCAAAGAAAGUGCCAGAACAGGUGAAAGGAGAGCCCAGCAAGACUGGCAAAGGCAAAGUACUGGAAGACAAGACCAACCUGAUGGGGAAGGCUGCCCUGGCUCCCUUCAGAAGUUUGACUCCGGCCUCAAAACUCUUGGAAGCAGAGAGAGAAAAGUUCCCCGAGUGUGAGUUGAAGCCAAGCUUUGAAGGGUCGGAAAGGUCAGAGAGAGAGAAGUCAGAAAAGUCUACCGAGUCGACCAACAUGGUCCCAAGACCGAAAGAGAUGGGAUCAGAUGCAGAGGAUGCAGAGGAUGCAGAGGAUGGUAGACCACCAGAAUGUGGCAGAGCGGGUAGAGCUGAGACGCAGAGCUCCAGCAGUUUGAAAGUUGCGCAGGUGGCGCAGGUAGCAGGGCUGCGGAUUUGGAGUGGACGCGAUUCCCGGAGAUUCGUGCCAAAGGAGCACGAGGAAGCAGGUCAGACCGAAAGAACGCUUGAGAAACUUGAGGAGGAGCAAUCUGAAAGAUCUGAAAGAUCUGAGAGGUCUGAGGCAGGCCAGGCAGCUUUUCAAAUUGUGCAAGCACCCCCAGCCUUCACACGAUCUGGAUCUUUUGAACAUCGAGUUCGGGCAGAGGGACAUUCAGCUUCGACAUCUUCCAACGUCAAGGAGAGCGUUCCAUGCCGCUGUGUAGUCCGUGGGAAAGCACAACGCAGUGCACUACAGGGUUUUGACUGUGAACAGUGCCGCAACUUCUACGCUGCCACCAAGCACAUCAAUGGAAUCAAGCAAUCCGGUCCAAAGGGAGAUGACCUGAAAGCAUCCCGACACCGAAUGGAUCAUGCACCAACCUGCACUCCACCAGGCUUCUGGGACUUGUCCUUUCCUCACCCGGAUGCCAGAUCUUAGGCGAUCUUCGGCUGCCAAGAGUUUCGAAUUUUGCAGUUUUGCUUUUGCACCAACGUAACAUGACCGCCGCCUUUCAAUUGGAGAGAACGUGAGCUGUGCUUGAGCCAACUUUGAUGCAGUCCCUUUGAGGCACAACUUCAGAGUUGAGCUGAUACGUAGAGUGAAAAGAGCCAACUGAG